CAAAAUUUCGGUCGGAUUUCCAACCCGUACUUGCAUUAUAUCCACGCUCUCAACGUCAAGCAGCAUCUGCACAGCCGGAGGCCCGUCGGUACCCAUGGCACAAUCACUGAAGCGCCCUCUUACCGAGGCCGAACUCCGCAGGGCCGAGGACUGCGCUGACGAGAACGCCAAACUAGCAGAAUGCUGGGAGAGCCAAAAGGUCGCCAUCGCGACAUGCGAACUAGCCGACAACUUCAGGUUCCCUAGCUACAUGAACUCUUCCGUCCUGACCGUCGAGACCCUGUUGCCCCUCGAGCAGCCCGCGCCGGGGAGCCCUGACAGAAAGAAGAAGCAGCAGCAGAAGACGCGCGAGCCCAAGCGAGCCAAGGGGAACGAGUGGUCGGUGCCGGAGCCGUGCUACUUCGAGCACCGGUCGUACGAGCGGUUCGACGUGUGCACACAGGAGGCGCGGCUCAAGGCGGCGCUGACGUUCGACACGCUGGCGAAGGAGUACGUGACGGUGUGCAUCGCGGGGUACGACCUGCGCGAGACGCGGCGGGCGAUGGAGUCGCUGUGCAUCGAGACGCCGGCGCGGGUGGUGUGGGUGGACCUGAUGAAGGUGCUGGAGCACCAGGCGCGCGGCGGCGGCGGCGGCGGCGGCAACGCGAGGGGGAUCCCGGCGGAGCUGCACAGGUACACGGACGACAACGUGACGGUGCGCAACGGGCGGUACGACCGCGUGCCAGGGAAGCCGAAGGGCCGGUACGGGAUGCCGAGCGUGCGGCUACUCGAGGUGCUCGGCCCGGCGGCCGCGGCCCACCGCGCUGACUUUAAGAAGAUUGAGAAGGAUUCCGUUGCGCUGAAGAGGAUCGCGAAUAGGGCCCGGAACGGUAUUCCGUAGGGGGGCUGGGUUCAUCUAUUCACUCAUUCUGGAUAGCGAGCGUGAGUGGGAAGAGAGU